ACCACUGUUGGUCACGCACAGAAGAAACAGAAUAUCCUGUUUCGAGAAGAGCGACCAGAGAGCAAGAUGGAAAGGAAAAACAAUAUUGAGGAUGUGGACGCGCGUCUUCAAGUGCUCGAAAAGCGCAUUUACGGCGAACGAGGGGGAAAAAACAAUAAGCCCGUGAAGUGUGCUGAAUCACUGGCGAGGAUCAGUGCUGCUCUUGCAAACACUGCGAACAAGCGAGAGCGUGUCAAGAUCCUUCACAAGAAAAUUGAAGAUUUGCUCAAGUAUUUAGACCCACAGUUUCCAGACUUCAUUGCUGUGCCAGAUGUGAUGAAACUGGAGUUUAUUCUGGCAGAGGAGGAGUUUUUGCGUUCCCAGGCCAUAUUACUGGAGCAGGUGCACAGUCUGCAACCUCUUCUGGACAGUAAUCACAUUAAAGCGGUUCCAGAGCUGACCACUAAAGUGCAGCGGCUAUCACAAAUUCACAUUCAACAGCAGGACCAGAAUGAAGAGUUGUCUGCUGAAGUGAAAAGGCUGUUUGAAGAGUACAACAAAAUGAUGUUUCUUUUGUCAAAACAGUUCUCACAGUGGGAUGAAACCCUUCGGAAGUUGGAAGGAUCCAAGGAAAGCCCACAGAUAGAUUAGGAUAGUAAUGCUUUGAUGUUUUAUUGUAGAAUAUUGCAUUUAGCAGUCUGGUAAUGCUUUUGUCUAUUCCUCUUCAUCACUGAUUUGAUUAAUAUAACAAAUAAUCUUGUUUUGAUUAAGUAUUGGUUUAAAAAUGGUGCUCCUAAUGCAAAAUAAAGAAUUACAUGCUCCAACCACUCUCCCAUAAGCAAAGAUUGGGGGAAUCGAAAUGUUUUGAACUUCUUUUGCUCAUCUAAUUUAUUCCAGCAGCUGUGAGGAUGUUUGGUGUGUAUGAAGGUGGAAUUUUGUACUGCCUUGUUCCACCUAAUAAAAGUUACUACCAAUUAA